CAUUGUUUGUUUCAUGCAAUGCCUCUGUUCUUUCUGCUCGUUCCAUGCCUUGACAACCAAGUCCUCCCUGCUGUCACGCCUGCUCUACAUUCCACAUCAAGGGAUGCACAAAUGUGUGUGAAUUGAAGGCAGGGUGGGUGUCUCAGCUCCCAGGAUGUUCGGAUGGCAGCCUGAGCCAAUCAGCCGGCGAGCAUCCCCCCUCUCCUGAUUCUUAAUUGGCCGCCUCUCCUCGCGAGUCCUGCUGAGAGCGACCGGCAGCCUCAAAGCAUCUCCAGACCAGGCGAAAACGUCAGGGGGGGGGUGUUCUUUUUCUUCCCUUUCGAGGCGCACCUCCAUCCUUUUCUCCUCUUUGACCUGCCCGGGUGACAAACAGAUGGACAAGAUGAACCACAGCUCGGCCGAGGCGGAGGCUGAAACUAUAGAACCGCUGCGUUACCUCAGUAAAGACGAGGCCAGCGCCAUCGAGGCGGAACUCCUGAGAGAUUACAAGUUUGGACAACAGCAGCUGAUUGAGAUUUGGGGACACGCCUGUGCACUCGCCAUCUCCAAGGCUUACCCGCUCAACUCUUUAGCCAAGAAGCAGCCGACAGUGCUGGUGAUCUGCGGCCCAGAGCAAAACGGCUCCAUCGGUCUAGUGUGUGCAAGACACCUGCGCAUUUUUGAAUAUGAGCCCACCAUCUACCACCCAAAGCGCUCCUCUCACAGUCUGCACCAAGACUUCACUGUUCAAUGCGAGAAGAUGGACAUCCCUUUCCUCUCCUACCUCCCCACAGAGGUCCAGCUCAUAAAUGACGCCUACAACCUGGUGAUUGACGCCAUGCUGGGCCCCCAGGAUGACUCCAUCAACAUUAGAGAGCCCUACUCUGGGAUUCUGGUCACCCUCAAGCAGGUUAAGAUCCCUAUAGCCAGUGUGGACAUGCCCUCGGGUUGGGACGUUGAGGAGGCAAGUCAGGAUGGGAUAAGCCCAGAAGUGCUUAUCUCGCUGACAGCACCGAAGAAGUGCGCCGUGAGUUUUUCAGGGAAGCAUUUCUUGGCCGGUCGCUUCCUGCCUUACGACAUCCAGAAAAAGUACGACCUCAACCUUCCCGAGUACCCGGGCACAGACUCUCUCAUCGAACUGUAAUGCAUAGGGAAACAUUUUUGGGAGAAAGUCCAGCUAGUUCAUUCUCAUUGUUUUGCAUCUUUACAGAUGAGAAUGUUGUUUGUGUGUUUGGGGCAUGAAGCCACAUUUGCUGUUCAGGGACAGGAGGGGGAUUUGCAGUAGAACAUUGUUACCUGACGUCUUUUUAGGGGGUGUUUCUGUGUCCGUCUCCGCGUAAGAACUGUAGCAAUAUACUUUAUGUUUGAUACUGAAGUGGGCUAUUGUUCUUUGUUUGUUUGAAAUAUAUUGAUUGAUAUAUUGGCAUUA